GGUAAAGAAAAAUUCUUGAUUCAAUGGAAAGGAUAUUCGAAACCAACAUGGGAACCACGUGAAAACUUGGAUGAUUGUGCCCUUCUCCUCGAUUCAUUUUACAAAGUAGCCAAAGAUACCGAACCUGAACCUGUUACACCUGCAGGUGUUCCGACUGAUGAUGAUUUCAAACAAAAAUUAUUGGAAGCUCAUCAAUCUAGCAUGCACUUAAAUAUUGAACUUUACGAUAGGCUUAUUCUAAAACGAGGUGUUAAGGAUACAAGUGAUAUUGGUCCAAAGAUUGAAAAUGUUCCUAUUGUUUCUUUUGGUGGGAUAACUAGACAGAAUAGUACUAGUUCUAGUAGUUCUAGAGGUGUAUAG